AUGGCAUUGGAAAAGCCCGAAGAAACUAUGAGGAACAAGACGGCUGGGCAAGGUGAGUAGUGAAUUUAAAAGGGGCAAAAAUUCUCCCGUGAGGCGACAAUGAUAUGAGUCACAAUCUGCUCGGGUUGCAGCCCUCGGGCCUAGAUUCGGCCCACAAACGAAAUGAUCGCCCUACAUUCUUCACAACGCUAAGACGCUACGUAAACAGGAUAAGGGAUCACAGUGACGUGGCAUGAUCAAGCAGUACUUCGGAGAAAUUAGUGGUGUGCAAGAAGGCUCAUUCUGCAAAUAUUAUAUUCCCCCUGUUUCAUUCCCCAAUGAUGAUUUCUAAUGACAAGGUGAGAAUUCCGAUGAGUCAGACGGAAUGCAUUUAUUCACUGGCCAUUUUCUCUGUGCUGUGGAAUAAAACGUCCCAGUUAGAUGGUAAUCUGCAAUCAAUAGGCGUGAAUAAUAUGGUCGCCAAUCGGCACAUUCAUUGCAGAAAAUCUGUGAAAAAACCUGCCGCAACACAAAAUUUGAAGAUGGAACGUCUUAUGGAAUGGCUAAAAGGAAGUAAAGCGUACAGGAGCCUGUGCCAUUAUAUAGAGACGCGUGUUUCACCAACACUCCUGUUGCCGCACGACGAAAACUCAAGUUUGUUGUCUGCUGGAAACCUACUGAGCUCCUCCUCGAUGUUACCUGUUGAACGAAUUUUUCUAGCCUUUUAUGUCAAACACCGGACUAGAUUCCGUUUUUGUUGGAAGGGGUACGCAACUGACAAAGUUCGUGCGCCAUUCUUGCGCAUACAGUUGAUUCGGGGCAUCGCACGGACCCCGACAAAGCUUUUCAUCAGAUUUAUAAGCUACCCUAAACUACUAGGCCAGUGUCUGUUGGCAACAGCAGAAGCUGGCACAAUUAGGUUCCGAAAGCCGACCCUAUGCGCGCUGAAGAAUCUUGCUCAGACUCCGAGCCUACCAUGGCCAAAGGUCGACUAACUACAAGCAACUAUCUGCGCCAUUCCGUUCUCGCCCCAACUGUGUUUUACAAUUAACGUUUAUCGAUUUUCUAAUCACUGACAUGUUUGACUAUAUUCCUGGCCUGAGGAGAACCUAUCGAAAGCAACGUAUGCGUUCCGACUCGUCUUCUAAGUACUGCUAUGAAACAAAGUGUUUUCCCCAAUCAUCGGAAUCUGAGCCCGUUGGGCCAGUUUGAGGUUGUAAGCUGCAAUCUGUUCUGUUUCAGGCUAACAGCUGAUAAGUUUUUAUCCAAUUCGUCCAUUUAGACCGUUUACGAGGCCAGCACCCCAGCCAAUGGGACCGAACAAAACCAAACUUCUUGGACCCAAAAAGGUGUGUUACAUAUUCCCGGCUUUCUCAAACUAAUUACCCUUCCUCCUUUUUCCUGCCUUUCAACCACUUUAGCUUCAGGCCUAUUCAGGGCAUUACCCAAGGUUCUCGACUUCCAACUGCGGGCAAAUGGAUCAGACGCGGAAGGCAGCUCAAACAGACGCGAGGACACGGCUCAUGGCAAAUCAGGAGACCAUCGGAGUCCCGAGUUGCGGCUCACCGACAGUCACUCCGCAGAUCAGCGAAGGUCAUGGAAACCAGAGAUCAGUGUUCAAUAUGCCGGAGAUGAGCGUCGCCGCGAUCGCGGUUCUGAGGCUGGUUCAGGCGAACAUGAGCUAGAUACGCGACAGCCAUUAAGAGAAAGCAUAGGCGUAAGGCUUCCGGACAUUAGCCCUCCCCUCAUCCAGUCUCCCGACGUUGAAAGACAAACAAUACCAACCGACUGGCGGCGCCCUUACUUACGACCCACUGACAGCCACUCAGCAACUGAAUAUCAAGGCCAGCAACGGAGGUCUUGGAUACCAAAGGUAAGUGUUGAAGGACCCGCGCACACCGGAGGCAGAGGGUCCGAGGAUGGGAGACGCAAUGAGGACGGUUCCGAGGCGGGGCCAGGUGAUGGUGCCACCGCUCCGCGAGAUCCCGCCGGGAAAACCUUAACCUUCAGGCUUCCAGACAUUACUCCUCCCCUCAUCCGAGCUCCCAGUGUAGCAGAGCCAGCAAUACCAGCAGACUGGAGGCGUCCUUACUUGCGACCAACCGACGGUGACUCCGCUAAGCAAGAUCAAAACGACCAGAGAAGGCCUUGGCUACCAAGGAUAAGUGUCGAUGGGUCCGCGUACAGCGGAGGCAGAGGCCAAGAAUAUGGGCGACGUCCUGAAGAGAAUAUGGAGGCGAGGUCAAGUGAGGGCGCCACAGUUCCGCGAGACCCUUCUGCGACCACGCAUCAUCGUGAUUCACCCGAUGGACGAAUCAAGCAUGCCGACAAGGACGCAGACUACGUUGAAGGGCAAGUUCACGGAGGAGACCCAAAACACAGAGAAACCGCAGCCUUCAGGAUUCCGGACAGCAUCGCUCCACUCAUUCACUCUCCCAGUGCCGCAGCUCCAGUCGAAUCAGGAGACCGGCGACUCCCUGACAGCCACCCCACCAAAGAAGAUCGGGAGGGUCGACGAAGGCCUUGGAAACCAGAAAUAAGUGUUGAAUGGCCCACACACCACAAGGACGGAAGAUCCAAGGAUGAGGGUCGCAAUGCGGUUGAUAUCCAGGCGAGGGCAGAUGAACGCGACGCAGAUUCACGGCACCCAUCCAGGGAAAACAUAGCCUCCACGUCAUCCACGUCUCCUGUCGAAUCAGGAGACCGGCGGCUCCCUGACAGCCACCCCACCAAUCAAGAUCGUGAGGGUCGACGAAGGCCUUGGAAACCAGAAAUAAGUGUUGAAUGGCCCACAUACCACACGGACGGACGACCCAAGGAUGAGCGCCCUAAUGAAGUUGCCAGCCAGGCCAGGUCAGAUGAACGCGACGCAGAUCCACGACACCCAUCCAGGGAGACCAUAGCCAUCAGAUUUCCGGACGGCAUCGAUCCACGCAUUCACUCUCCCAGUGUCGCGGCUCAAGUCGAAUCAGGAGACCGGCGGUCCGUUGGCAGUCACCCCACCAACCAAGAUCGUGACGGUCAACCAAGGUCUUGGAAACCAGAAAUAAGCGUUGAAUGGCCCACACACCACACGGACGGAAGGCCCAAGGAUGAGCGUCGUAAUUCGAUUGACACCCAGGCGAGGUCAGAUGAACGCGACGCAGAUCCACGGCACCCAUCCAGAGAAACCAUAGCCAUCAGGUUUCCGGACGGUAUCGAUCCACGCAUUCACUCUCCCGGGGUCGCAGCUCCAGUCGAAUCAGGAGACCGGCGGUCUGUUGAUAGCCACCCCACCAGCCAAGACCGUGAGGGUCAACGAAGGCCUUGGAAACCAGAAAUAAGCGUUGAAUGGCCCACACACCACACGGACGGAAGACCGAAGGAUGAGCGUCGUAAUUCGAUUGACAUCCAGGCGAGGUCAGAUGAACGCGACGCAGAUCCACGGCACCCAUCCAGGGAAACCAUAGCCAUCAGGUUUCCGGACGGCAUCGAUCCACGCAUUCACUCUCCCAAUGUCGCGGCUCAAGUCGAAUCAGGAGACCGGCGGUCCGUUGGCAGUCACCCCACCAACCAAGAUCGUGACGGUCAACCAAGGCCUUGGAAGCCAGAAAUAAGCGUUGAAUGGCCCACACACCACACGGACGGAAGACCGAGGGAUGGACGCCCUAAUGCAGUUGAUAUCCAGGCGAGGUCGGAUGGACGGGACUCAGAUCCACGACACCCAUCCAGGGAAACCAUAGCCUCCAGGUUUCCGGACAGCAUCGCUCCACCCAUUCACUCUCCAGGGGUCGCGGCUACAGUCGAAUCAGGAGACCGGCGACUCCCUGACAACUACUCCGCCAACCAAGAUCGGGAGGGUCAACGAAGGCCUUGGAAACCAGAAAUAAGUGUUGAAUGGCCCACACACCACACGGACGGAAGGCCCAAGGAUGAGCGUCGUAAUGCGAUUGACAUCCAGGCGAGGUCAGAUGAACGCGACGCAGAUCCACGACACUCAUCCAGGGAAACCAUAGCCAUCAGGUUUCCGGACGGUAUCGAUCCGCGCAUUCACUCUCCGGGGGUCGCAGCUCCAGUCGAAUCAGGAGACCGGCGGUCUGUUGAUAGCCACCCCACCGGCCAAGACCGUGAGGGUCAACGAAGGCCUUGGAAACCAGAAAUAAGUGUUGAAUGGCCCACACACCACACGGACGGAAGACCCACAGAUGAGCGCCGCAAUACAGGUGAUACUCACGCGAGGUCAAGUGAGGGCGCCGUACGAGAUUCUUCUGACGCCGGUACUAGCAGAGGCCACGUUGAAGGGCAAGUUCAUGGAAGAGGCACAAAGCAUGGGAGUCCUGAGAGUGGCCUGCAAGCCGGCGAAGGGAGGCCUGGCGUGACUCCCGAGUUCGGACGAAGACCCACAACCAGGAGGGGACGCCAGCGCCCUCAGCCACAAAGUCUCCAAAUUGUAUACGAGGAUAAGCCCAAACCAGUUGUCUAUGAAAUUGUAGUGAAUAUGCCUGUACAAGCGGAGACUCAGGAAGUACCUGCGGGUCCCAGAGCAGGAAAUAAGUAA